CCUGCGCGGGCCGGCCUCGGGCAGGCCGGGUGGCGAGCGAACGCGGCGGUUGCCGGGAAACCGCGUAAACAGUGGACCUGGUGCAGCCCGGGUCGGCCUCUGAGCGCAGCAGGCGACUCUGUUUGCGGUGGGUGGUGGCGGUCGCCCGAGCCCGUGGGCGAUUUUCGGCAACCAAGAUGGCUUCCAAAAGGAGAACCUUGAGCUUUAGCGAAAGGCAUCAGAAAUUAGUAGAUGAAAACUACCGUAAAAAAUUGCAUGUCCAAGCACUCCAAGAAAUAGAGGCUCAGAUCAGGAACCAAAUGGUCAGGAACGAGAAUGACAACCGGGCAGAGCACAAGAGAUUCCUCAGAUUAUUACAGGAUGAACAAUUUGAGUUGGAUAUGGAAGAGGCCAUCCAAAAGGCAGAAGAAAACAAGAGAUUGAGGAAACUCCAGCUUGAACAAGAAGAAAAGUUGGCUACAGAAUUGGCAAAACUAAAACAUGAAAGUCUAAAGGAUGAGAAGAUGAGGCAACAAGUAAGAGAAAACAGUAUUGAGCUCAGAGAACUGGAGAAGAAAUUAAAAGCAGCUUAUAUGAAUAAAGAAAGGGCAGCUCAGAUUGCUGAAAAGGAUGCCAUUAAAUAUGAGCAAAUGAAACGUGAUGCUGAAAUAGCCAAAACUAUGAUGGAAGAACACGAGAGGGCAGUCAAGGAGGAGAAUGCUGCGGAAGACAGACGAAAUAAAAUGAAAGCACAGUAUUACCUGGACUUAGAGAAACAACUCGAAGAGCAAGAAAUAAAGAAGCAGGAAGCUUAUGAGCAGUUGCUGAAAGAGAAACUCAUGAUUGAUGAGAUUGUUAGGAAAAUCUAUGAAGAAGACCAAUUGGAAAGACAACAAAAGUUAGAAAAAAUGACUACAAUUCAAAAGUAUAUGGAAGAAUUUCAGAAAGAGCAGGCUCUCUGGAGGAGAAAGAAAUGUGAGGAGAUGGAGGAAGAAAACAGAAAAAUCAUGGAGUUUGCCAACAUGCAGCAGCAAAGAGAAGAAGCUCGGAUGGCAAAAGUUCAAGAAAAUGAGGAGAAAAGGCUACAGCUUCAGAAUGUGCUGUCUCAGAAGUUGGAAGAAAAGCUGCGGCAACGUGAAGAUUUGGAACAAGUGCGGCAAGAAUUAUACCAGGAAGAACAAGCUGAAAUAGUCAAGAAAAAAAUAAAAGAAGAAGCAGAAGAGAAAUUGAGAAAGCAAAAGGAGAUGAAGCAAGAUUUUGAAGAGCAGAUGGCCUUGAAGGAACUGGUUCUGCAGGCUGCAAAAGAGGAAGAGGAGCUCUUUAGGAAAACUAUGCUAGCUAAACUCGCAGAGGAUGAUCGAAUAGAAUUAAUGAAUGCGCAGAAACAAAGAAUGAAGCAACUGGAACACAGAAGGGCUGUGGAAAAACUCAUAGAGGAACGUCGCAACCAGUUCCUUGCAGACAAACAACGUGAACUGGAAGAAUGGCAGUUGCAACAAAGAAGACAAGGAUGCAUUAAUGCAGUCAUUGAAGAAGAAAGGCUAAAACUUCUCAAAGAACAUGCCACAAAAUUAUUAGGAUAUCUCCCUAAAGGAAUAUUUAAAAAAGAGGAUGACAUUGAUAUGCUUGGUGAAGAGUUUAAGAAGGCAUAUCAGAAAAGAAGUACAACUUGAAGACAAGUGGUAACAUCAAGAUUUGCUCCCCUCUACCAAAGCACAGGAAACAAAAACAAAUGGGAUUUCAUCAAACUAAAGAGCUGCCCAGCAAAGGAAACAAGAGUGAAGAGGCAAUCAAACGGAAGAAAAUAUUUGCAAGCCAAGUAACUGUUAAGAAAUUAAUAUCCAGAAUACAUAAAGGAACUCAGUAGCAAAAAACUCCAAAUAAUCCAGUUAGAUUGGCUACUAUAGAAAAAAAAACAAAAGUAACAAGUGUUGGUGAGAAUACAGAGAAAAGAGCACACCCUUGCACAAUGUUGGUGGGAAUGUAAAUUAGAACAGCCAUUGUAUCGCUUCUUGGCCUUUUGGCUAAGAUCAAGUGUAGAAUAGCCAUUGUAGGAAGCAUGGAGUUUCCCCCCAAAAAUAGAAUUAUCAUAUGAUCCAGCAAAUCCACUGCUGGGUCCAAGGGAAAUCAGUCUACUGAAGAGAUAUUUGCAUUUCCAUGUAUAUUGCUCAACAACUCACAAGUAAUGGAAACAACAUGUCUACCCACUGAUGAAUGGAUAAAGAAAAUGUACAUACACACAACAGAAUACUGUUCUAUUAAACUGGAUGAAAUCUUGUCAUUUACAUUAUUAGUGUGGCUAGAAAUAGAAGUUUAAGUGAAAUAAGCUAAGCACAGAAAGACAAGUACCCAUGUAUUCUAACUCAUAUGUGGAAUCCUAAAAUUUUAAUCUCACAGAAGUUGAGUAAGUAAUGGUGGUUACCAGAGGUGGGAAAGAGUCAGAUAGAACAUACUAAGGUACUGUUAGAUAAGAAUAAGAAGUUCUGGUGUUCUGUCACAUUGUAGAAUGACUAUAGAAGAUAAUGUAUAAUACACUUCUAUUUUAAAAAAAGUAUUCUUAUGUUCUCACUAUAAAUAAAUAUUAAAUAGGGAGCAGGCUUUUAGCCUAUCCCAUGUCCCACAAUGGAGUUCCACACUGGAAUACCUUGAUUCGAUUCCCAGCUCCGGCUCCUGACUCCUGCUUGUUGCCAAUACAGUGGCAUGGAGGCAGCAAUGAAGACUGAAGCAACUGGGUUUUUGUUAUCACAUGAGAUACCUGGACUGCAUUCCUGGUUCCAGGCUUCAGUCUCAGCCCAACAAUAGCAACUGUAGGCAUCUGAAGAGUGAACCAGUAAAUGGGUGCUGUGUCUCUCUGCCUAAUACAUUUUUAAAAUAAAAUUUAAGAAAUGUUAAAUGCUUGAGGAGAUGGACAGGUUUACCAUGAUAUGGAACAAAACAGCACAUGGUACCCAUAAAUAUGUACAAUUUUUAUGUUGCACUUAAAAAUUUUUAAAUUAUUUUUUUAAAUUAUAAAGGGAAAUCAAUGAAAUCAGAAGAAGUAAGCCUCCAAUAAGGCUGAUCAGGAAAAUAAAAAAGAAAUUACCAAUGCAACAAUGAGCAUGGGGAGAAAAAAAUAAUAUAAAUGUAAGAUGAAUAUUCAAAGGACAAUGAGGAAACAGUAUAGAAAACUAUGUAGGAGAUUUCAAAAAACAUAUGAAAUAGAUUUCUUCAGAGACAUCAACAUCCAAAACACGUAAUAAAAUCUAUAUAGC